AACAUCAGCUUCAGCACUUCUCUGUUUUGAUAACCAAAUAAGGAUGUGCUCGGAGGAACAUUUCAAAGGACUGGCUCCGACUGAGGCAUCAUGAGGCCGAACCACCGCUGUACCGCCCUGCAUGUGUUCAUCUUGGCAGGGUUGCUUCUCACCUUAAAAGCUGAUGAUUGUGAAGUUGAAGUUGAAGUCCCUGAUGACACGGUUUACGAAACCGUCGUCGGAGAAGACCUUCAGCUUAACUGCACAGUUCAAUUCUGCGCCGCUUCCCCGCCUCCGGUCUCUGAGACGACCGACGUCCGCGUCGAUGUCAGCAGCAGCAGUCGCAUUAAAACCAUGUGGAAACUUUUAAAACCUUCAGUAGGAACGUCGCUUUUGAUCUUUCAAAAAGUUCGCAGAAACGACUCCGGUGUGUAUCAGUGUAUAAGCGAAGAAAGCACCAGCCACCACAUCAACGUCUCUGUCCUCGCUCAUCACGCCAUCAACUCCCACUCUGAAUCCAGGAAAUGGGGGAAAUGGCACUUUUCACUUCCGACUGAAACCCGCCACAUCGCCAAUGACGACUGAAGCAAAACUCCAUGGGCCUCCUUCUGAAAGGUCAUGAAGCGUUGCAUCGGGACAACAAAGUAAUCACUGCACCGCAGCCUCACCCCGGUUCGUAUGGAUGUGAAUGAAUGUUGGUGGUGGUCGGAGGGGCCGUAGGCGCUGAUUGGCUGCCACGCUUCCGUCAGUCUGCCCCAGGGCAGCUGUGGCUACUGAUGUAGCUUACCACCACCGGGAUGACUGUGUGUGUGGAUGACUACUGGACUCUGGACUGUAAAGCGACUUCGGGUGACUUGAGAAGCGCUAUAUAAAAUAAAUGAUUAUUGUGUUAUGUAAAAUAAAAAUGUUUAGAGAGUGGACAGAUGCUCUAGCUUCCUAUAAUGUUUAAAAUCUGUAUAGUGCUCGUGGGAUGUCUGGUUUUAAAAGUGCAUUGCUUGCAAUAUCUGGCACACUCACACAAAUCCACCCAACUUUGUCUCCUACCAUGCACCCUCGAUGUGACUCAUGCAUGUCGAGGGACUCGUUGCCCCCUUGGUGGUACAAGCACGUGUUCAUUGUGCAAUGCAAGCGUCUUCAUUUUGUUAUUUAAGUGCAGUGGAAGUGGAAAUGUUGUGCACAAAAAUAUGAAUUAUGGCUGAGAUGGGACCACUUGAAAAACUGACCUUAAAGCAAAUCAGUCACCGUCUUGUGGCAUACGAGUAAAACUCUGGAUUCUGAACCAGCCAAAUACUUUAUAUCAAUAUUUUUUCGUAAAGUCACUCAAGGUGAGCAGUUUCCUCCAGUUUUUUGUCCAGUCCAAUUAUUUGCUUUAAAUCAAAAAUAAAAUAAAUAUGUCAAGUGCCUACAAGUAACAAAGGGACUACCCUU